AAAGGUUAAGUCAUCAUAUGACUUGGAAAACAAGACAGACGCAGCCGGCCAUCAAGAGAGCGAUCUGUUUUAACAGCUUUUCUGAUCGAUAAGUUUGAUUGUUUAGCUCGUGUACUUGUUAUCCUUUUACAAAAGAAAACAGAGAGAAGGCAACGAGGGCACUACAGAUGGACCCAUGAUCAUCAAACUGGUUGUGUUACUCAGAUGCACCUAUCCAAUAAGGAAGCAGAGAUAAUGAAAAAACAAUUUCUCGGUGCAUGGCAACAAAUGUGUUGAAAGUAGCCACACGUCACCAGGGAUUGUGUUUGUUGGAUUCAUAUAGACUAUCCCAGGCAACCACUUAUAACAAAGCUCCGUGGGUGUGCCUUGCGAGGAGGUUUAAAAAAUCCCUGUUUCAGCCAAACUCUAGAAAAACAACAUGGCGUCACCAGAGCUGGUAAGCUUCUGCUGUGUAGGAGACGAUCACCUGAGCGGGUGGGUCAUAAACUACCAGAACCCGCGUUACAAUGUAGUCUGCCUGGCAAGCUCGGUGUUCAGCAUUGUAGGGACUAUAGUGCAGCUUCUGCCGAAGAGAGUAACUGCUGCAGAGUCCAUGAGACUGAUGAGACGAAGCCGGGAUCCGUUCACUUCACAGAAGAGAAUCGUCAUGUGGUUAAUCGUGGCGGACCUCUUAGCUUGUCUAGGUAUUUUUUUUCGCUCCAUGGUGUGGUUAGCUGGUGGGAAUCUUUUAAGUGAUAGUGCUUCUCCAGCCACACUUUUCUGUGCAUUUGUAGGGGGCUGGAUCCAGUUGUUUUACAUCACAACUUACUUCUGGACGUUCUGCUAUGCGGUGGAUGUGUUUGUAAUCAUGAAGGGGUUCAACGGACUCAGAUGCUGUCAGUAUAAUAUUAGUAAACUGUGGGUGUAUCACCUCAUCAGCUGGGGAAUGGCAGUUGUUCUGACCGGGGAGGGGCUGACAUUUCUCUUCUAUCCUUCGGGUUUGGAAUGUGAAGAAAAGAAGGAACACUUGGUCCCUUACUACCUGUCCACCUACAUCCCCAUUGUCCUGGUUAUGAUCCUCAACCCAAUCCUGUACAUAUUAUCUUCAAGAUCAGUUCCGUCCAUUCUAAAGAGCAGAAGAGGGAAGUACACAGACAUUGAGAGAGCCAUCGUUCAGUCUGUCAGGCUGAAGUUCUUCAAUGUUGUACUGGUCUUCUUUGCUUGUUGGAUACCAAAUGUCCUGAAUGGAGUCCUGAUCUUUGCUGGGGACAACUUGACAGCACAGAAUUUUGUUUACCAGGCAGUUGUUCAUAUCCUAUGGUAUAUGAUGGCCAUCCUGAACCCCCUGCAAGCCUUCCUGAACUCCCUAGUGUACAGAGGUUGGCAGGGGUGCCACUGCGCCUGUCCGUGGCACUCUGACUUCAGCGUACAGUCUGUCCCCAUCACCCCAGACCCCGCCACAUCACGCAGCGUCACGCCAUCGCAAGACGAGGGUUUGUCCACGUCCUACGAAUCCGACCAACGCGCCAGCCUCAUCAAUGGAAACGUAGGGCUGCUCUCAGAAAUUGAUGGAGAAGAUGAGUUUGUCCCCCUGCUGGACAUCGCCUGUUUCACAGAGUACAGAACGUUUGCAGACAACUCCACAAACUUCACAUCCUCUUCUGACAGCUGGAGCUCGUCAGAGUGGACCAAGCUUCCCAAACCACAGCUCCUGUGAUGCAAUUUUACACAGUUGUUGCCAUCUCAAGCUGUCGUCGCCAUAUCGCUGACCGCUCAAUACCAUAUAUAUCAGUUCAUCUGUGACGGUAAUCAACAUUAUGAUACAAUUUUAAACUUUAUAAUUGUACACAAAAAUAAAGCUCUUCCAACAAGAUUCCAUUCAGUCCUCUGAUCCUUUUCAAGUUGUAAUGACCCAAAGCCUUGUUGGUGCUCUAUUUUUGUGUAUGGUUAUUAACUUGUUUAAAAUUGUAUCAUAACACAUAUGAACUCUUUAGGGGCUGACAAGAAGCAGAAACCUAACUUGCUCAACACUUCAAUCACAAAUGUUUGAGAGUAUAAAUAUUUGGUAAUAAAACAUAUUGAAAAAAAGAUAGUGCACCUCAGGUUCAAGUCCAAAAGCCUAAACCUUAACCAACUACAUGUAUGCCAAGAAAUAACACAGCAUUGACAGAGUGUGCUAAUACACUUGAAGUGACAGAGCGCACUAUGAUAUGCUAAUACACGUAAAAGGCGACAAUACAAGAUGAAAAUUAGCUUCUGUGGAAGGGAUGCUAACAUGAACAGAAAGACUCCCCAAAGAAAAAAAUGUGUUUGCCUUCCUUCAUGUGUCUACUUGUUUGGACUAUUUUAUGCCAAUGAGAUUUUGACUGUAUGACAUUCUUCUUUGGCAGUUACGAGUGUUAUUUUCUUCAUGCAAACAUAAUUUUGAAUAUAUGUACUAGACAAAAAGACUGAAGACAAAAAGUAUAUGUACAUAAGUUUGCCCGUGCCAUUGACAGAUAAUGGAAAGUGACCUUACAGAAAGGUGCCUAGUGAUUUGGGAUAUCUAUCUAACAAGCAUUAUCUACAUUGCCAGUAUAUAAUGCUAGUUCACUUGUCCAGGGGGUAUCCUACAUCCUUCAUCCAUUGUUUUUCAAAUUGGAAACAGGGUCUUUAGUGAUAUCAAGUUUAAUGAUUGCAGAGAAAAGGUAAGAUUUAAUUCUGUUAUAGUACAUUUAUAAUGUAGUAGUGGCAAGAUGUAUCAAAUGAUAUAAAUCCUUAAAGUGCAAUUUUAAAUUUAAGCCUAUAGUCUAUAUUGUACUUUUUUUUUGGGGGGGGGGGACCAAAGUUGCAACCAAAACUGGUUAACAAACAUGUAUUCCAGUAUCAACUAAGCAUACAAAAAGUACCAUAUUACUGUAUGGUUUUGACAAGAAUUUUUAAUAUAGUUUUUAAGCCUACAAUUUGUAUAUACAGAAAUCUAUAUCUAUGUGUAUGUAAGUAUAUUUAUUAGUAUGUUAAACUGUUGCAUUGUUAGACAAUCAGCAGAUACAUUCAGAUUAAACAUUGCAGUUUUAUGGCAUUUUGUAUUGUGUGGGAGUUUUUAGACUCGAAAUGUAGACAUACAUGUAACUGGAGUGUUUUUAGCAGUAGGAGCUGUCAAGAAAGUGUAUGAAAUUUACAUAUCAUUAAACACUUAAGGGCUGUUACUUACAGGAAAUAACUUUGUGAGGAUGUAAAAAAUGUUACAGUAUUUCAUUAAGAAUAAAGAGCUGAGAGUAUUUUAGUACGACACCUCAUAAGUUACAUGUAAAAGCUCCCAAAGCAUAUCUUGUGAAAUAAACUUUUGAUUAUGUAACACUUCUUGAAUCUUUUUGAAUUUCAAGAUCAAUCAGACACACGAUGAAAGCGCUGUUGAGGAAAAGUAAUAAAUGUCAUGUACUGGGA